GCUCCGGCCUCGCUCCCGCGCAGGUCGGCGCCGCGCGGGUGGGUGGGAUCGUGGAGGACGCGGACGCCGGGGAAGCGAGGGUGAGGCGGCCGGGCUGGGAGCGCGGUCAUGGCGACGACGGCGACGGGCGCGACGGCGGCGGCGGCGGCCGGUCUUCCCGGCAGCGGCGAGGCGCGGAGGCCACCUUCCCCUCAGGACUGAGGUCGGGGCCACCCAGGCCCUUCCCUCCGGCCCGGCCCGGCCCGGCCCCGGCAUGGCUGGGAUCAUAAAGAAGCAGAUCCUGAAGCACCUGUCCCGGUUUACUAAGAAUUUGUCCCCUGACAAAAUCAACCUGAGUACUCUGAAAGGGGAGGGACAGCUGACCAACCUGGAACUGGAUGAAGAGGUUCUGCAGAAUGUACUAGAACUUCCCACAUGGUUAGCUAUUACCCGAGUCUUCUGCAACAAGGCCUCUAUCAGGAUCCAAUGGACAAAGCUGAAGACACACCCAAUCUGUCUGUGUCUGGAUAAAGUAGAAGUAGAGAUGAGAACAUGUGAAGAGCCUCGGCCCCCCAACGGACAGUCUCCUAUUGCCCUGGCUUCAGGACAGAGUGAGUAUGGCUUUGCUGAGAAGGUGGUGGAGGGAAUGUUCAUUGUCGUUAAUUCUAUCACCAUCAAGAUUCACUCCAAGGCCUUUCAUGCCUCUUUCGAGUUGUGGCAGCUCCAGGUCUACAGCGUUAACCCUAAUUGGCAGCAAAGCGACCUCCGCCUCACGCGCAUCACUGACCCCCAUCGAGGAGAGGUUCUGACAUUUAAGGAGAUCACAUGGCAGACUCUUCGGAUUGAGGCAGACGCCACUGACAAUGGUGAUCAGGACCCAGUCACUACCCCACUGAGGCUCAUUACCAACCAGGGCAGGAUCCAGAUAGCCCUCAAAAGAAGAACCAAGGACUGCAAUGUGGUCGCCUCCAAGUUGAUGUUCCUGCUGGAUGACCUGCUGUGGGUACUGACUGACUCACAGCUCAAGGCUAUGAUGAAGUAUGCAGAGUCAUUGAGUGAGGCUGUGGAGAAGUCAGCCCUACAGAGGAAGAGCUUGGCGCCUGAGCCCACACAAAGCACUUCACCUGCUGCUCACAGUGCCCAUCAUUCUUGGAGCCAGCCAUUUGGUAGUGGUCAGAGCAAUGCUAGCAACAGCCGUAUCAGCCAGUACUUUGAGAAGUUUGAUGUGAAGGAAUCAUCUUAUCAUCUGCUUAUUUCGCGUUUGGAUCUACACAUUUGUGAUGACAGCCAGUCCCGGGAACCAGGGGUCUCAGCAAACAGAGUGAUGGGUGGUGCCAUGCAACUUACUUUCCGGAAAAUGGCCUUUGACUACUACCCUUUCCACUGGGCAGGAGAGAAUUGUAGGCACUGGGUAAGGCACUGUGAGGCCAUGGAGACCCGAGGCCAGUGGGCUCAGAAGCUGGUGACAGAAUUUCAAAGCAAGAUAGAAAAAUGGAAUGAAGAGUCAGAUCUGAAAUCUUCCUUGCAUCUGGGGACAGACUUACCUUUCCACAAGAAGUCAGGAAUUUUCUCCAGUCCCCAGAAAACCCCCCUAGAGAGGAGCUCAUUACACCGCCACCAGGCUGCCCCCACCCCACUUUGGCCCCCUGCUUGGAACCGAUUGCGUUCUAGUUGUUUGGUGGUGCGUGUGGAUGACCUGGAUGUCCAUCAGGUUUCUACAGCUGGGCAGCCAAGGAAGAAGCCAUCCACCCUCCUUUCAUGCAACCGAAAACUCUACAAUCUUCCCACUCAGGUCUCCGCCAUUCAUAUUGAAUUUACAGAGUAUUACUUCCCGGAUAAUCAGGAACUCCCAGUUCCUUGUCCCAAUCUCUACGUGCAGCUGAAUGGCCUAACCUUCACCCUAGAUCCCAUCAGUUUGCUCUGGGGGAACCUCUUCUUGCUGGAUUUAUAUCGCAGCCUGGAACAGUUCAAGGCUAUCUACAAACUUGAGGAUUCAAGCCAGCAGGAUGAACAUGUGGAUGUCCUGAUGGACACCUUCCAGUUGAAGCUGAGCCUCCCUCUGGAGAAAAAAGACUUGGCUUCCUUGCAUCGUCCCCAGGCCCUCGUUAUCUCUACUUCUGCCAUGACCGCCACUAAUACACGCCAUGCCCUGAAUUGUAGCUGUACAGACCUCCAGAACAUCUUUCGUAGCUUUGCUGCUACUGAGUUCUUUCAUUCCAACUAUUCUCAUUUUCCCAAAGCCCCAGGUGGAUUCAGCCUCCUCCACAUGCUUUUCCUGCAUCAUGCCUUCCAAAUGGACUCCCGUGUCCCUCAGUUCAGUCCUUUCCUUCCUCAGAGGGAUCGGGCCUCCCAAGACCUCUGGUCAAUCUACUUCACCCAAAUAUCCGUGGACUUUGAAGGGACCGAGAACUUCAAAGGACAUACAUUGAACUUUGUGGCUCCUUUCCCCUUAUCCAUAUGGGUUUGUCUGCCUAUCUGUUGGCAGCAAGCCCAGGCACAGAAACUGCUGUUAGUCAAGGAGGGGAAGAUGAAGCCAUCAGCCAGUUUUGGCAGUCCUGUCCAGCCCAUGUUCCUUGCCCCAGAGUCUGGGUCUCAUCAGAGGUCAAAGACAGAGUGUGAUCUGAAAAGUCUUUCGGGACUUCCUGAGGUUAUUAAUGCUCUGAGAGAAGGGAAUCGAGGUGUGGACAGCAAAGGGCCCACAAUGGAAAUGGAGGCUACAGCAGAUAUCCAUGUGUUAAUCCACUCUUCUUCCCGUGUUCAAGUGAGGCUGAACCACUACCAGUACUUGGCUCUGCUCCGAUUGCAGGAGGUACUUCAGAGUCUUCAGGAACACUUGGCUCAGGACACCCAAGCUAUGACUGGGUCUCCCUUGCCACGCCAGACAGUUUGCAUAGGGAUCCUGUUCCCUAGCGCUGAAAUAGCCUUACUCAUGCACCCAGCCACUCCAACUGGAGAGGCUGGUUCUGCAGGCUCAGAGACCACUAGCCUCAUAGAUUCAGAGCUCUCGCCUUCAGAGGAGAGGGAGCUGAAGUCUGAUGCUUCCUCAGAUAGGGGUCCAUUAAGCCCAACAAAGGUCCUAGAAGACAGUAGCAUUGAAAAUUUGGUCACUUUACAGGACAAACUAGAUCUCUCCCAUAGUAAUGGAGUACUGCUGGACCAGGACCCCUCUUCACAGCUGGGAGACAAAGCCCAUGAAGAGGAGAUCCAUAAAUCCAUGGAAUCCUUACAGACUAAAAGACUAGGCAAAACUCCGGUAUCUAACCCAUGUGGCACACUGCAACAGGUGUUCAGUAGGGACACAGUUCUGAGCGAUCAGGGCGAAGUGAACCCCGUGAAGAACAUUGAGGAAGAGUUGGCCAGUGCUAUACAUUUGACCAAGGAUGCAACCAGGGAGGCCCUUCAUGCCACCAUGGACCUCACCAAGGAAGCCAUGUCAUUGACCAAAGAUGCCUUUAGCCUAGGCAGGGAUCGGAUGACCUCUACGAUGCACAAAAUGUUAUUCCUUCCUCCGGCCAAGGAGCCCAUGGCCAAGGUGGAGGAGGGAGGAACCUCAGUGAGCGGAGGAGCUGCCAAGCUUCGUUAUUUCUCAAUAAAGAGGACAGUGUCCCAGCAGUCACUUGACGGUGUCUCCCAGGAUGGUGGUGGCCCUGAAGAUAGGCUUUCAGUGGACAGUGAUGGAAGUGAUAGCUUUGUAAUGCUUUUGGAAUCUGAGUCUGGAUUGGAAUUAAUACCCCCAGAACAGCUCCCACCAGCAUUGGAUGAUAGUGGUAACCAAGAGAGCCCCAGAGUAAAUGAUGGUGGCCUGAUAUCUCCAGAGGUGAAUAGCUCAGUUUCACCUAGCAAGAGAGACCCUAUUCUUCAGCCGGUAUCAGUUCUGGUCCUAAAGGUAAGCCAGCUGGCUCUUGGUGUUGAAGCACGAGAUCAGGACUUUGCCGUGGCCCUGCAGUCAGAGGAGCUAGUCCUCCAGCAGCCAGGCAUUGUGAGUCUUUGGCAGUUCCUGCAUGAGCAGUGCCCAGAAUCCCCAGCUCUGAAGACGAGCCACACCAAGCCAGCUGUGGGCCUCCGAUUCGAGGUGGGACCCUGUGCUGCGGUUCACUCUCCGCUGGCCUCAAAGAGUGGUUUCCUUCACCUCUUGCUCCACGGCGGCAGUCUGGAAUUGUUCACUUCGGUGCUCACCGGCCUGGGGCCCUUCUUGGAGGAUGAGGAGAUCCCUGUGGUUAUCCCUAUGCAAAUUGAGCUGUUGAACAUGAGCAUCACCUUGAAAGAUGAUAGCCCCCCAGUUUACCCCACAUCCCCAGGACCUGUCCCCGUCACUUUGGCCUUGGAGCAUAUUGUGGUGAAGCGGGAUGAUAAUGGUGUCUUCCACAUAGUAGCUGCUGCCCAGGACGAGCCAUCAUCAGAAGGACCUCAGCAUGAGAAAAAGCAACACUCAGAGGAACAGGUGGUUGGAUUGCCUACAGGAAUGCUCUUUGGACAGCAGGUGAAGGAGCUGUCCACCCUACAGAAGGACCUUUUAGCCACGAAGCAAGCAUUAGCCUGUGCCAACAAAGACAAAGAGAAGCUUCUACAAGAAAUCAGGAAAUACAAUCCUCUGUUCCAGCUUUGACAGCAGUAACACCAGCUGCCUCUGCCCCCGGGAAAUAACACCAGCAGCAGCCCUACAGAAGGAGAAGAGCUCCAUCUCAUGUUGACUAUGCUGGAGGGAGAGCAGGAAUUCCUGAAUCUGCCCUUUGGGGCAUGUUUCAUUCCUGCCAGCUGUUCCAGCCAAAGACAGGGUGGCUAUAUCCAGCCCCAGGGGUGUGGGAAGCUUUGUGUGUGGUUCUCACUGUUCCAGUGCCAUUCACAGCCUGUCUAAAGCUCCACUUGCUAGUGGGCUGGAGACUUUCAGCGUGGAGGACCAUUUCACCUCCUGGUGUCUUUGCAAAAAUAUUUGCUCCCUCCUUAACAUGAGUUUGUAUAACAGAGAAGACAUUGCCCCUUCCAGUGUCCUCAGAAAGAACCACCAAAGAUCACGUCUCAGAGCUUCCUGUAGCAAAACUGAACCAACCUGGCCUUGAGCCCCAACUGAGGAAGUUGCAGCUCCCCAGGGAGUAGGACAGCACAGUGAUGGGUGCAGAGGGAUGGAUGGAGCCCGAGAAGAUCCAGAGGGAACACCUUAGGCAUGGUGAGAGAAAGGGACAGCACCGUACCAGUUUUGGAAAAGGAGCUGAACAUAUUUCAUCUUUGCAUAUAUACUGCCAUCAGAUUUUUCAGGAAGGUUUGUUAGAUAUGAGAAGGAACCAAACUCAUUGUGGUAACGUAAUAGUAGUAAACAAGGGUGCAAUGCCAACAUUGUCUCUUCCUUCUGUAAGUUUGUUUAAAACUCAAAACAACAAAAAUGGUAAACCGAGAGCUGAGUGGAAGGUCUGAUCUGGUAGAAGUGGGUUCCAGAUGAGUAAUAUUCUUGGUUUUGAGCCCUGGUAUUCUUGGCCUUUACAAUUCCAGCCCCAACCCUCAUCACUUCUUCCCUUUCCCCACCCUUCGUAUUUAGUAGAUGAGAGUGUGACUAGGCAGCUGUUCUCUUAGUAUUUACCAGGGUGGAAGCUAGUACUGUUUCUAGCCUUUAGUAUAAAUAUGCAACAUGGCCAAGCCUUGCUUCCUUUGUAACUGUGACUUUUUUCUGGGGGAAGUAAACCCUGUUGGCCAUGUAUUGCCUCUUCUCCCUCAGAAGAACUUGCCUUUCCUCUUCUAAGCAGGCUGCCUCCAUGAUGUGCAGACCCAGGAAGUGUAUCUGUUGGUUAACCGUAACCAGGCAAGCUGGUAAAAUCGAUACUAGAUAGGAUAAUUUAAGUUUUAUAUCCGUAACUCAUUGAGGAUGAAACUGCUUGAUUUGUUCUUUGAGUAGCUAAAUUAGACUUUUAAAAAGUUUGGCAAGGUUCAACACCAGAUUUUUCUAAAGUUACUAUGGAUUGGUGGAAUAUGUCCUGCUUGGUACAGGCAGAGAGUAUAAGUAGGUUGCUUAUGAGAAGUCUUGAGAUAAAUUCAUGUAUGAUAGCCUCCUAAUUAGCUGUCAGAGGAAGUUAGAGCUUUGGGGGUGUACAUCACAAUGGGCAACCAUGUUCUCCCACAACAGAUCAAGUGGAAUGGAUUUUUGGUCUGACCAAGUGAGCAUUUCUUGUGUUUGUAAGGGGAUUGAAAAAAAACCACAAAGUUGAAAAUGAGGUUGUCUCAUACUCACUUAGAUGGAAUAAACAUCUCACAGCUAAUUGUUUUUUUCUUCCCCUACAAAGAAAAUGGGGAAAAGUUUAUAAUGGACAUCAUCUGGCAAAAAUUAACAGUGGGUCAUAGUUGGAUAAAUAAAAGUGCCAAAUUAUGAUUAAGGCUAUCACCUUAAUAGUGUCCUGCCAACUCCUAGGGUAAAAGGCAGGGCAGAGUGGCAAAGACCUCGAGUUUUUUGGCUUCCUUCUACCAGGCAGCGUCUGCCAUUGUGUCUUGAAAUUUCCCUUGGGGAAGGUAGUACAGGUCAUCUCUCCCUAGCUUUACUAGGAUGACACCAUCUAAUCACUGUCUUCCAUGGCUUCUCAACUGCCCUGUAUUAAGGGAGGAAAGAAGACUUUUUCUUAAUGAAUGUGAAAACUCAGUAGUCCCUUGCCGGGUGUGUUGCUGAAAGUGAUGGGGGGAGAGUUGCAGUGUCUCUCUGCCCGCUUCUUCUCUGGUUCCUUGGCCUUGGAGGGGCCCAGCCUUUGAACAGUUUGACCUCCUGUACAUGAAACGGUGAAGAAGCUGUGAACAAGACAAAUGUAGACAAUCCUCAGCAGCUCUGUCUUCGUCCAAACCGCAGCUUUGCUGUCCUUCAACGUGUCUUUAUAUUCUGCUCUCAUGAAGCACUUAAAGUUGUAUCAUCUAAAUUUGUCAUGCAGACUUCUCGUUUACAUUGCUGCAGGGACUUAAACACGGGACCUUCUCCAGUCAGUGAGAUACUGUGUAAAUGCCGUAGCUACUGCUGCUUCCGUGUCCGGAGAGGUUGAAUUUGACACCAGAAUGCUUUUGCAACUCAGCCAGCUCGUUGCUAGGGUUCAGUUAUUCUGACCUAUGGCAAAUGGAGGAGUAUAUUCUUUGCAUUUUAUGACUAGCUUUUCCUGACUCAGUUUGACCCUGGAAUUGUCAUAGAUCUCACUGUAUGCCUUGCUUUUUUCAUAGCUCUAUAGAUUGGUCCUUGCGUGUGGAAUUCGAAUGCAGGUGCUAGACACUUCGAUAGGUGCUUAUAGGUAAUCAAUUUAAACUGGAUAAAACUAGGGCUGAGUAUGUUGUGAAUUGGAAAGAAGGUAACUUGAAAUGUUAAGUGAUGGAGGGAUUCAUCGCAUUUAUAAAGAAACGUAAAAGCUGUGCCAUGUUAUGAUGUUACGUCACAGCCCCAGAGACAAAGGCCUUGGUCACUUUUCAGUUAAUACAUUGUCACUGUUUGCUGAGAGACCUGCCUGGAUAUUGGUAGCAUACUUUCAGGAAACUUAAACAUGGCAUCUAGUUACCUCUUCUGCUCUCCAAUUAGUAAUCAAGGAUUAAUCCCAUUAAUCAGGUUUGGGUAGUAGCCACUGUCAUCUAUUAAAUAAUUUCCUCUUCUUCCAUCAUGUGGAUAGUGGGAAGCAACUAACACUCCAGCAUCAGGUAAAGCUCUUAAGACCUUUAGAUUUUGAAAAGGGACAUAGAAUAAGCCCUUUAAUUUUGGAAGCUCAGGAGUCAAACUCUUCCAUAAGUCUCUUCACUGUGACACUGUUUGCUAAGUAGCAAAUAUGUAAAUGUGUUCUUUCCAAAUUACUUAGAAAUCAUUGCAGCCCUAACUACGAGCCUUACCGGGCACCACUGACAGUGGUGGUCCAUUGUGACCCAUCAGCCCUCAAUGCUCAAAAGUAUAGUUGGAGCAGAGGUUCCUGCUUUUAUACAUUCAUAGUAAAAGUUGAUUUGGUUUAAUUUAUUGAAUUUUGAUCAAGACUUAAGAGUCUUGAAUCUUUUCCUUGUGGAAACCACUAAAGCAUCUUACAUGUAGGCUGAGGGAACCUGAUUUGGAAAACCCUUUGUCUUAGUAGUAGAUAUUCAAAAUCAGGCUAGCAGAUGGAUCUCUUCUAAUAAUUCCUGUUUCACAUUUGCUAGGCAGAGCUUCUACCUUAGUAAGAAAAAUUAAGAACCAUUCUGCUUGAAUUGUGAUGAAAACAAUGCCUUCCCUUUUUCCCAGUGAUACACAACAGAAAGUAAACAACUUCUGGGGAUUCCCAAAGUUUGGAAUUGGCCUUGUUACGCUGAUCACUGUCCAUAAAGUCACUUCACUCUCCUCUGUCUGAGGAAACAGUGUGGAUGUAUCUGCUGAACCAGAAUCCUAGUCAGUAUUAGGAAUUUGAAUGUUGCAAUAUCUAAUAUUUCCAUGUGUGUACUGGUUCUGUGAACCACCUGGAAAAAUGGUAAAUUAAACUUACUGAACAGCA